CUGGACCCUCGCGUCCACCCGAGAUGCGAUGACGGCUUGAUGAUGGCCGGGGUCCCUGUGGCCUUUCUCACUCUCUACGUAAUGCCCCGGGGCCCAAAAGGGGAAGGCACAAGCUCUUGUUAGCCGCCUAGGGCGCUCCUGACUCCAAUCCUCUGCCCAGAGCCGCUGCUGAGACCAGUGGCGAGACAGACCACGACUCCUUGGCCUCCGGCCCAGGCUUGCGCCGCGCGUUAGGCGGCGCGUGCCGCCCGCGAGCCCUCCGGCGAUUGGCUGUGACGCGACUUCCGGUACAAGCGGCGGAAGCCGGGCGGGCAAGCGAGUGAGCGAGCUGGGAGGCAGGCAGGCAAGAAGGCAGGCGGGCGCCCGGGAGGCAGCGAGGAAGCGAGGGAGCCAGACAGGCCGGCGGAGGCCCGAAGAAAGCCGAAGCCUGCUCCCGUGCCCAGGUCCUCCGGUCCCCCGCCCCGGACCCCCCAGCGGAGCGGACGCGGCCCGCCCCGGCCAUGGCCUCGCUGCUGAAGGUGGAUCAGGAAGUGAAGCUCAAGGUUGAUUCUUUCAGGGAGCGGAUCACAAGUGAGGCAGAAGACUUGGUGGCAAAUUUUUUCCCAAAGAAGUUAUUAGAACUUGAUAGUUUUUUGAAGGAGCCUAUCUUAAACAUCCAUGAUUUAACCCAGAUCCACUCAGACAUGAAUCUCCCUGUUCCUGAUCCCAUCCUUCUUACCAAUAGCCACGAUGGAUUGGAUGGUCCCAAUUUGAAGAAGAGGAAGUUGGAUGAGUGUGAGGAGGCCUUCCAGGGUACCAAGGUGUUUGUAAUGCCUAAUGGGAUGUUAAAAAGCAACCAGCAGCUGGUGGACAUUAUUGAAAAGGUGAAACCUGAAAUCCGGCUAUUGAUCGAGAAAUGCAACACGGUCAAAAUGUGGGUUCAGCUCCUUAUCCCCAGGAUAGAAGAUGGGAAUAACUUUGGUGUAUCCAUUCAGGAGGAGACAGUUGCAGAACUAAGGACUGUGGAGAGUGAAGCUGCAUCUUAUCUGGACCAGAUUUCUAGAUAUUACAUUACAAGAGCCAAAUUGGUUUCUAAAAUAGCCAAAUAUCCCCAUGUGGAAGACUAUCGACGCACAGUGACAGAGAUUGAUGAGAAGGAAUAUAUCAGCCUUCGACUCAUCAUAUCAGAACUGAGGAACCAAUAUGUCACUUUACAUGACAUGAUCCUGAAAAACAUUGAGAAGAUCAAGCGGCCCCGAAGCAGCAAUGCAGAGACGCUGUACUGAGGCCAGGGCCAGAGCCAGGGGACUCUGUGAGUCUGGCUCAAGACCGACAUUGCCUUGGUUUGUUACAUGACUAUCGAGAUGGGGAAACUGGCUGGAAAUAGUAAUCACACCUCUCUUCUGUUUUUAGUUAGAGUCUAAUGAAGCUCUCAUGUAGUUCUGUGACGUGUUUACCUCUUAUUUCAGGCCUCAGGAACUCCUACCCUAGUCCCCAUUCCCAACCUGCCUUGUCGAGACUCAUUUCUGGAGCGUUUGCAUAUGUGUGUCCAUGCACACAUGCACUUUCUCUUGAACUCUUUUUCCCACCCCAAGACACCUCUGGUCUCUUGGUCUGUUUGUCUCCUUUUCAGUUAGUUGGUUAGACAUUGGGGGAGUUGGAAGUGAAAGAGCCUAGUGUUUCUUUGAGGGAAUGGGGUUGGGGGCGCUACUGUUGUCUCUCUGUGGGCGUAGAGAAUCCCUGAUGAUGGGAUGGGGAGUGGGAGGGAGAAGGGAGGCGGAGGUUGUAUUUCCUGAAUUGCAUCUCCCUACCACUGGGACCUUGGGAAAUAUUAUACUUUCUACUGUCCCUUUCAGAGGGUUUUUUUUAUGUCUUUAUUGUGAGGUUUUCGGUUUUUCAUAUGUAGCUCUGCCACCACACAUAUUCCUGACCCUAUUACCAGAUCUUUCAUCCUCUUCAGGAGUUCAUCCUAGCUUCAAGAGUCAGGUGUCCAGACUAAGUGGAGGAGGAUUCAGCUGAGAGGCCCAGUCCGUUCCACCUGAGCAGAUCACUGGGGGAGAGGGAGGGCAGCUACCAUCCUGUGACUCUCAGAGUCUUGUUGGGAAUUGUUACAAAGACUGUUGCCCCAACUAUUUGGCUCUUCUUAAAUCAGUUACAAAUGGGAGAGUGGUGUUCUCUGACCCUUAGACCCAGAUGCUACUUUUGGGCUUGUUCCUUUUGGAAUAUUUUUUUUAUUUAUAUUUUUUCCCAAGGAGGGUAGGGUGUAUAUGUGUACGUGUGCAUGUGUGUGUGCUUGUGCUGUGUGUGAAAAUCUGCAGGGUGGAUCAGAAACAUGGAAGAACUGCUGUCUUUCUCUUGAGAACUUUCUGGAUAUAUUCCACUCGUUAGUACAGGUUCUUUGACCUCCCCCAGCUCUGUUACCCCUCAGAGAGAAUGCUUUUUUCAGCCAAUCAGCCCUUGCCCUAUGUGUGUUUCCAUCUUCCCUUCUGUUUUUCUCUCUCCUCACUUUCCUGUUGGUUUCCACCUGGGAUGCAUUACUCUCUGCCCCAUUAUGUUAUAGUGAAGGAGUCAGGACAUUGUCUUCCCAUGAAUAAUAUUCAGUAACAAACCAGCUGUGUUUUAGUUGGGCCUCCCCUAAACCCUGUUCCUGCCCCCAGUCUACCUUCUCCCUCUCCACCGUGUGUUUCUUGGUGUUGUUUGAUUUUUUGUUUGUUGGAUUGUUCUGAUGUCCCUAACCCAGCUUCCCCAAUCCUUAUCCUACCCCAGUUCCCCUGGAUCGUAAUGUAAAAUUCUUUUACCAUGUCAAGAAAUUAUUAAAAAUACAGGUACUUUGACCUUUUUUUAAA